CUUUGCUCGCGUAGGUGGCUGUGGUCAGUUUCUGACCUUGGGAGCCACUGCGCGCUCAGUUUCGUGCCGCACAGGGUAGAGGCGAUGCUGCCUCGUCAGGUGAUCCGAUGGCCUGCGUGGAUCUUUCAGGCCUCUCCAGAGUGGUGGAGGACAGCCUGCGUUCUUGGGACCUCGGUGGGACAGCAGAGGUGGCCAAGUUUCCCCUGGAGACUGUGCAGCGCUCCGGCCUUCAGAGGCUGCCACUCCACAGUCCCCAGAGUCCCGGGGGUGAUGCUCACUUCUGAGCGCUACCCUGUGCAGCGGCUGCCCUUCUCUAUGGUGUCGGAGGAGGACCUGGCCGCCUUUGAACGCAUCAUCCCAGGCAGGGUUGUCACAGACCCAGCAGAUCUGGAGGUGGCCAACGUGGAUUGGCUGAGGACUGUCCGGGGGUGUAGCAAGGUGCUGCUGAGGCCCCGGACCACAGAGGAGGUAUCCUGCAUCCUCAGGCACUGUCACCAGAGGAACCUGGCUGUGAACCCACAGGGAGGGAACACAGGCUUGGUGGGAGGCAGUGUCCCCGUCUUCGAUGAGAUCAUCCUCUCCACUGCUCUCAUGAACCAGGUCAUCAGCUUCCAUGACGUGUCUGGAAUCCUACUCUGCCAGGCGGGCUGUGUGCUGGAGGAGCUGAACCACUAUGUGCAGGAGCGGGGCUUCAUCAUGCCUCUGGAUUUGGGAGCCAAGGGCAGCUGCCACAUUGGGGGCAACGUGGCGACCAAUGCAGGUGGUUUGCGGUUCCUGCGCUAUGGCUCGCUACGGGGGACUGUCCUCGGCCUGGAAGUGGUCCUGGCUGAUGGCACUGUCUUGGACUGCCUGACAUCCCUGAGGAAAGACAACACAGGCUACGACUUGAAGCAGCUGUUCAUUGGGUCGGAGGGCACCCUGGGGGUCAUCACAGCUGUGUCCAUCUUGUGCCCUCCCAGGCCCAAGGCUGUGAAUGUGGCCUUCCUUGGUUGCCCAGGCUUCACGGAGGUCCUGCAGGUCUUCAGCACUUGCAAGGGGAUGCUGGGUGAGAUCCUGUCUGCUUUUGAGUUCAUGGAUGCUGAGUGCAUGCAGCUGGUUGGGCAGCACCUCCACCUGACCAGGCCAGUCCAAGAGAGUCCCUUCUAUAUCCUGGUUGAGACUUCGGGUUCCAGUGGAGACCACGAUGCGGAGAAGCUGGAUGGCUUCUUGGAAAAGGCACUAGACUCUGGCCUGGUGACUGAUGGCACUGUGGGCACUGACCAGAGAAAAGUCCAGGUACUAUGGUCCCUGAGGGAGAGGAUCACAGAGGCGCUAAGCCAUGAUGGCUAUGUGUUCAAGUACGACAUCUCCCUACCUGUGGAGCGGCUCUAUGACCUCGUGAUUGACCUGCGCACCCGCCUUGGCCCCAGUGCCAAGCAUGUGGUGGGCUAUGGCCAUCUGGGGGAUGGCAACCUGCACCUGAAUGUCACAGCAGAGGCCUUCAGCACAGCACUGCUGGCCGCCCUGGAGCCCUAUGUGUACACCUGGACGGCCGCGCACCGGGGCAGCGUGAGUGCCGAGCAUGGCCUGGGCUUCAAGAAGAAGGACGUCCUGGGCUAUAGCAAGACCCCUGCUGCUGUGCAGCUCAUGGGGCAGCUCAAGGCUCUGCUGGACCCUAAGGGCCUCCUGAACCCCUACAAGACACUGCCUGCCUGUGCCUGACUAGCCUCUGCCAACUCUGUGGGGCAAGGCUACAUACAGCUCCAGGAAGGACCUGCAGGCGCCUUUGCUGAUGUGGAUGAGCUGUCUGUGUCCAGCGCCUCCUGCCAGCUUAUCUUCCGUGCUGGGUGGGUGGCUGUUGUCCACUGUGAUGUGAUGGGUGUCAAAGGCUGUGGAUGGAGCUGAGGUAUCCCAGAGGUCCACCGCCAAAUUGGUGACCACAGUGAUAUGGAGCACUGUGGUGGUACCCCCUGGGGUGAGUGACCAUGGUCAGGUCUGAGCCCUGGGGACAGACAUGCACAUCUCUCCUUUUCUAGAAGCCCAGCUCAGCAGGGUGUUGGCCAGGCCCAACAGUCUGGUGUGAUUGUCAUGUGUUCUUCAGGAGGGGAUGGACACCUUGCCCCUCUUCAGUCAUGGCCUAGGAGCCUCACUAAGGUGCCUGCCACCAGAGAGGUGGCACAUACUUUCUCUGUCUAUGAUGAAUAUAUAGUAAAGGUGACUCAGGUGCA